AUUUCUCCACUGCGCAUGCCGCACUGCGACGCUGCAUUGACACCGUGCAUCCAUUAUGGAUGUGUAAUAGCUGAAGGGCGCGUCAGUGUCGGUGUGAGGAGAAUACAACCAGUCCGGCUUCAGUCACACAACUGCACGCGGCGCUUACAACACUGUCACAAGAUGGAAUACGGACUUACUCAGAAACAAGUAGACGACUAUUCAGAAAUCUUUAGGAAGUUCGACCAAGAUGGCGAUGGUCAAAUAGACGCCAGGGAGUUGGCGUCGGUGUUGUCGGAGUUUUCAAAAUCACGCGUGACUGAACAGAGGGCUUCCAGGAUCAUAGCCGACAAUGACACCAACAAGAAUGGUACCAUCGAGAUCAAUGAGUUCAUUGCGUUUAUGAGCGCAAUGGUCAAAGUGGACACAAAAUUCAAGUCGGAUACUAGGAUGAAGCAGAUGUUCAAACAGUUCGACAAGAACGGGGACGGCAAGAUCACUCCCGACGAACUCAAGGCGGUCUUGAAGGACACGUGCCCUGACAUCACAGACUCCCAGAUCCGAGAUAUGGUGACACAGGCUGACUCUGACGGGGACGGCAAGAUCGAUUAUAAUGAAUUUGUGGCAAUGAUGAAAUAGGCGUCGAAGAGGCCCUCAGCAGCUCUAUUUAUUACUUUUUCUAAAUAUUUCAUUUCGCUCCAUUUACAACGAAGUCACACAACACGGAACAAGGAUCAGGACUUAAUACCCAGUUAUUUAAAGUCACCUUCUCCUCGGCUCCAUACACAGUAAACAGUGAGUGUGGGAAUGAGAGUUUACGACCAAAAUACCCUUGUCCCCUGUUGCCCUGUUGCAGACAAAAUAUAGUUAGAGUGUAAAACAGAAAAAAACAGAAUUCAUUCGUACUCCACAGGGUGUCAAUUUUAAUCCAUCUACUCAAAUUAAAAGUGUUUUUUUUCUUUUGGUCACAUAGGAGCAAAAAGGUGCCAAAUUAUCCUUUUUGAGUUUUGGAAAACAGUAAAACAGCUAUAAAAUUUUCGUUUGAUUGACAUGAGCACCUGAAAUGUAUUCCCCCAAGUGCAUGUAACUAAGAGAUGACUCUGUGUAUAGAUUAAAAAGAAUAAUUUGGUUUUUUUAAAUACACCUUGUUCAAGGAUGCUUCAUCCAUACAUGUUCCAAACCUUCAGGGGAAAGGCAGCCACUGAUUCAGGAAAAGGCAGGAGGCCAUAAAUACAAUGAAAAAAUUAUUUGUUGUGACCUCUUUGAUAAAUUGGUCUUCAUUUUUUUCGGUUUGAUCUACAAAGAUAUAAAAAGUGUUGUAACGAGGUGAUAAACUUCGGGGCGAAAUGCUACCUUUGUCCGGUGAAAUUAUUUACCGCAGAAAAAUCCUUGGAAAUGUGUUUCCAGUUUAAUUGUAGUAACGGCGAAUGUAGUAGCGUUGGAAAUAGUUGACCAGUAAUGCUUUCUCUUGAAUAGUAUUCUCUGUUAUUGACCACAACUAGGCGUGGUCUCUUCAGUAGAAGGACAAUCUAGCCGUGGUCUCUUCAGUAGAAUGAGAAUCCAGUCGUGGUCUCUUCAGUAGAAGGAGAAUCUAGUCGUCAGUUUAUGGAGUAAAGUAUCUUACACAAAAUCGAGAGUUGAUUUUAUCUAGAACCAACAAACGGAUCUUGACGCUUGUCAUUUAUUAAUACUCAAGUGUGUGAUUUCAUGAGUCUUCGUUUUCUGAAUAAAUCUUUUCAUGAUCA